AUGGAAGACAAGGAGGACGGCCCUGGAGAGGCCAGGCGCCUCACGAGGCAGGGAUCGCAGGACCUCAGUUCCUUCCAAGGGUUUGGACUCUCGCAGGCCGGCGGGGAUGUCCACGAGCUGUAUCGUGCGCUGCGCGGCACUCAGGGCGAUGACCCGCUGGAGGACGAGCUGCUCUGGGAGGGCGACUACAUGACGACGCAGAAGGAGUUCAUCCAGAAGCGGCAGCAGGACGCGCUGCUGGAGCGCCUGGAGCGCCGCAUAGGCGUUGGCCAGGCAGCGGUGCGCCCAGUUUCGGCCUCAGCGGCUGGGGUCCCCACCUCUGCGGGAGCCUCUGAAGCUGCGACGGCCUCGCUAGGCGCUGUGGCGCUAGCAGCAGCGGGCGGCCUCAGGAUCAAGAAGCUGGUGGGGGACUUUGUGGCGUCGGCUGGUGGUGCCCUUGCGGUGCGCCGCAACACUACCAGCGCCGGCAUCGCGUCUGCCCCUGGCACCAACACUGGGACCACGGGGGACGCAAGCCUUGGCGCCUCCGACGGCCGCGAGGGCCCCGCAGGCGCGCAUACGGCAGGGGAACAGCCAGCUGGUUUGACAGCUUGGCGCGGCGCUCGAGUGGCCUCUGCGCCGCCUGGCAGGCCCCAGGGGGGCAACGAGGUUGGCGGCACCACUGCAGCAGCCCAGGGUGGGCCAGGGGACACCUCACAGGUCCAGCAGUUCAGGACCCUGGACAUCGCCUCGGCCCUGGCCGCAGCGGCCUCCGCCCAGGCCGCUGCCGCUCAACCGACACCUGGCACGUCUUUUGAGGGUGGCGGCAGCCGAGCAGGCACGCCGCGGCUGGGUGUCCUGACGGCAGAGGCUGCGCCUCCGCCUGUGGCCACCCCUGACGCCGACGCGGCGGUGGCAGUGGUGUCCAUCACCCCCAAGUCUGCAAAUGGGACACCGAAGGGCGAGGAACCAGCGGCCGCGCUUCCCGAUACUGCCCAGCCCGCGGAGGAGGCCACAGCCUAUGGGCCGCUGCGCCGUGCUGCGCUGGCUGUGUCGACUCACCCUGACUUUGAGCUGGGGGUGAUCCUCCUGAUCUUUGCCAACUGCCUGACUCUCGCCAUGUUCCGGCCCCUGGAGAGUGCAGAAAGCCCCUGGAACAAGACACUCGAGAAGAUUGACCUGGCCCUGAACAUCACGUUCACCGUUGAGAGCGUGCUGCGUAUACUCUCAAUGGGGGGCCCCUUUGCGUACCUCUCCCAGCCCUGGAAUGUCUUCGACGCCAUCAUGGUGGCGGCCGGCUACACGACGUUCAUCCCGAUGGGCGAUGGCGGCGGGGCAGGCGCUGGCCUGGAGGGCGUGCGCGCACUCAGGGCCCUGCGUGCGCUGCGGCCCCUGCGCACCAUCACUAGGUUCCCGUCCCUGCGUUCCAUUGUGGUGUGCUUCCUGGAGGCCAUCCCUCUGCUGAUGAGUGUCGUGGGCAUGCUGUGCUUCUUCCUCUUCAUCUUUGGCGUCACAGGCACGGAGCUCUUCGCCGGGAUCUAUCACUCGGUGUGCAUUGGUGCUGCUGGAGCAAUGGAGCAGUCAGAGUCGUACGGCGGAGAGUUUGGCUGCGGCGCACGCGACUGCCCUCAGGGCAUGACCUGCACGUUGCUGGCUGCGGGCACCAACGUGAACGUUGCUGGCUUUGACAACGUGGCCCUGGCAGUCCUGACUGUGUUCCAAUGCAUGACGCUGUCAGGCUGGAGCUACAUCAUGUACAGGUCCAUGGACUCUGUCGGGGCAUACAGUGUCGUCUACUUUGUGCUGCUGGUCAUAUUUGGGGCCUACUUUGUGCUGAACCUGUUCCUGGCGGUCCUCAAGAUCAAGUUCGCCAAGGCGCAGGCCCUCUUCAACGACAGGUGGCGCAAGCAUGUCGCCCCAAAGGAGCGGCCAAGCUCCCUGUCCCGCCUGGCCGUCUUUCUCAAGCGCAAGUGGUCGAAUUUCAUGGCUUCGCGCGGCGAGACGGAGGGCAUCACAAAGCACAUAGUGGCAGCCAGCCAAGCCAGCGCCAAUGAGGCCAGCCUGUCCGGCUUCACGCCCCGGUCGGCUACCGCUGGGUUCCCUUCGAUGGCCGAGUCUCCAGCUGUUACGGCUGGUGGCACGCAGCGCCCAACCAGCACCAGCAUGCCGGUGUCGGGGGCGGCAUCACGUGCUGCCAGUGCGCGCCUCACCGACGCCGGCGACUUUGGCCCGUACAGUGGCGCGGCCAGCGUGCGGGACUACUCCAGAUCCAACACUCAGGGCAGCGGCCUUGGGGGCACUCUAAACCGCAGCGCCAGCAUAGGCAGUGGCAUGACGGGCGUGAGUGGUGGCAGCGGCGCCACCAGCAAGUACAGCAAGGUGCUGCUCGUCACAGCGGAGGAGUUCGACCUCUCGCUGGAGUCGGCCGGCGUCAAAGGCACCAAGCGGCAGUGGCUGCGCUUCCAGUACCGUGUGCGGCUGCUGGUUGAGCGUCCCGCCUUCAAUAACUUGUUCCUGGCCGCCAUCCUUGGAAACACCAUCGUGCUGGCCAUGGAGUAUGACGGGAUGGGGCCCAGGUACGAGGACGGCCUGUCCAACGCUAACCUGAGUUUCACUGCGCUGUUCUGCCUGGAGUUCCUGCUGAAGGUGGUUGGCCUGGGGCCAUGGACAUACAUGGGCGACUACUGGAACAUCUUCGACGCAACAGUGGUGGCGUUCAGCCUGCUGGAGCUGGGUCUGUCAUCAGGCAGCGGCCUCUCCGCCCUCAGGUCCCUGCGCUCCCUGCGCAUCCUCAAGUCGUUCCGUGUGCUGCGCGUCAUCAAGAUGUUCCGCUACCUGGAGAGCCUGCAGAUGAUAGCACGGGUGCUGAUUACCAGCAUGGACUCCUUUGCCGCCAUUGUGGUGCUACUGGCACUCUUCUGGCUGGUCUUCGCCAUCGUGGGGUUGCACGUGUUUGGUGGCUUGGCCUUGGCACCCCCCGCGUGGCCCAACUGCGACACUCUGAUCAACAGCCUCAUCCUGAACUUCCACACACUCAACAUGGAGAAUUUUGAGGUGACCAUGUUCAUGAUGAUACGCGCUGGAAACUAUGGGGCUGCAGCCUACUUCAUAGCGUGGAUUGUACUGGGCAAGUUCAUUCUGCUGGCGCUCUUCCUGGCGGUCAUGCUGGAGGCCUUUGAGAACAAGUACCAGGUGCAAUCUGUGAAGAGCGGCGGCAUUUUGAACCGCUUGCGCAACGCUGGCAAGAAGAUUGCCAAUGCAUCAUCAGCACUCCGCAGUGCAGUCGGCAGUCACAGCGGGCGCAGCGUGCUGAGCCUCUUCACCCGCGGGGCAGCCGGCGGCUCCACCCUCAAGGGACCCUCAGUCGCCAGCAGCCGCAGAACCACAGCCACCAAUGGUGCUGUAGCCGUCACCAGCGCCUGGGCGGGCACCGGGGCUAGUGGCCCUGUGGGCGAGGCGGUGGAGGUUCACGAGGAGCAGCUGCGCUGUGAGACGCAACGCGAUUUUGCAGGUACUGUGCUGGUUGGGAGUGCAGUGGACGACGCGCUGCGGCAGGCCCGGGCCCAGUUGCGCCACAGACGGACGCUGUCGCUGCACCGCAGCAUGAGUGCGCGCACGUCAGAGUUGGGGCCGCGUUCCGCUGGGGCGCUGGCGUCGAUGGCGCUGGGUGCGCCGCCCCCACCCUUUGUCUUCCGGGAGGUGUGGGCGGCAGAGGGUGAGGCGGGCGAGGCGGCUCGCCUCGAUCGUGGGGUGCAAGGUGCCCCAUGCGGGGAGCUCGGCGGCUUGGCAGUGGACGCACGCCAGCAGCUCGCACAUCUGCUGAUUGAGGAGGAGGCGCAGCGGGCCAGGCAGGCAGCGGCAGUGGAACGCCACCGGCAGGGCGGCACGGCCCGCGUGCUUCUGGGGUGGCUGCUGCCAUCGAGCGCGGCGGGCGGCGCAGCAGCGUCGGAAGUUCCGGUGCAGCGGCAGCUCAGAUCCCAGCGGCCGAGCGCUCCACAUGCGGCAGCGGCGGCGGGUAUUAGACAACAGCAGGUGAUGGAUCAGGACGAUGGCAGCUACAGCUGGCGCGAGUACUUUGAGACGCUGCAGCUGAUAGGGCUGGACCCGCACGGCACCUUGCAGCCAGGUCCGGCGGCCGCGGCCGCGGCUAGCUGCAGCGAGCUCUGGCAGCAGAAGCAGGGCAGGUUCCAUGUUGCGGCCACAGGCGGCACGCGCCUGCUCUCAGCGGGGGGUGGUCCCGUGGGCGAGGGCUUUGAGGCGCCUUCCAGCAGCGACAGGGUUUCGGCGGGACGGCUGUCGUUUGGCUCUGGGCUGGCCUCUUUGAUCGCUGAAGCUGAGCAGGCGACCGCUCCCAGCAGUGAUGGAGCGCUGGGCGGGGAGGCGCGCGCUGGCGCCCCAGGUGGUUCCCAGCUCCCCGGUCAAGGCCUUGACCUGGGCAGCCCCGUCAUCCGGCCAACGAGUGGCCAGCAGCGGCCACAGCGGCUGCAGGUGCCGCAGGGGACUCCAAGGGCCUGGCAGGGGGUUCACAGCGGCAGCGGCAGCGGCAACGCCGACACUGCAGACUUUGGCACGGGCGCCACACGCGGCCUGCGGUUGCCCGAGCCUGCAACGCCCCAGAUUCGAUGGGGGCGGCUGGGUGAUGAGGAUGGUCCCGCGCAGGACCCCGAGGCCGCCGAGGUGCUGCGCAUCACAGGAGAAGCGCCACCACCACCACCACCGGCUCACGGGAGUGAGGACGCCGUUAUCGCUUUUGCCCCACCCGUGUUGCCAUCGCCGCGCGGGGCCCGCUUUGUCGCGGGGCAGGCCCUGCCCGUGGGCGCCCUCAAGCCCCACACGCCGCCAGGCUUGGCAGCUCCCGACCGCCAGAAGUCCCCGCGCCUGGGGGGCCGCGUGAGCUUCAUGACGGCCUCCAUGAAGCGGCCCCAGGGGCUCGCUGAUGAUGCUGGCAGCUCCUUGGAGGCGGCCCUGGCAGUCCUUACCCCUGCCGGCGACGGCUCGGCCAUGGCAGCAGGGCUGGUGCCAAGUGAUGGCGCCGGGCCCAUUGGCGGCGUCGGGCGUGUGGGCAGCCCUCGGGUGGGGCGGCACGUCACCAUUGGCGGGGCAGCUGUGGCAAGCAGCAGCGGCGGUGGCGGCGUUGGCAGCGGGGCAGACCUGGGCUCCCUGCUGCUCUCCCCGGAUGCGGAUCUGCUUGCUGGCGGCAUGCGUGAGCCGUCUAUCACAGUCAAGGCCCUCAAGAGGCGGAAAGAGGCCGCUCUGGGCUGCACGCCAGACCCGGCCCAGCAGUGCAGGUAG